UACUGUGGGGCAGGAAGUGGUGGUGGUGCGGAAGCUGUCAGCCACACAAGGUGGGCCACGCACCAGGCAUCACACCAUGGCGGUGCCUGGGGCUUCGCUCGCCCCCAUCCUUCUUUUGGGGCUGGGCACCUGCCUGGCCACUGCCCCCAGACCCACAGGGGUGGAGUGCGUCGUGUUCAAUGAGGAGUACAUGAACUGCACAUGGGGCAGCGGGCAGACGCUGAUGGCCAACUACUCCCUGUACUACUGGUAUGACAACAAGCCACCCGUGGUGGAGUGCCAGCAGUACAUGUGGGAGCACGGUGUGCGCAUCGGCUGCCACUUCGAGCAGAGCGAGAUCAAACAGUUCAAGCCCUUCCACGUCCGCGUCAACGCCAGCCUCAACGGACAGACCCUGGAGAUCCCCAGCGAUCUCAUGGAGCUGCAGAACCUCGUGAAACCAGGGGCUCCCAUCAACCUGACCAUCAGCAACACGAGCAACAACCAGCUGCUGCUCAACUGGAGCUCGCCCUACCCCAAGCCGGGCUGCCUGGAGCACGUCGUCAAGUACAAGAGCAACAAGGACACCAGCUGGAUGAAGCAGGAGGUGAAAGGAAGAAUCUUCUCCUUCCCCAGUGUGGACUAUGAGAAAUUCUACACCUUCUAUGUGCGCAGCAAGGUCAACAACUUUUGCGGCAGGACCCAGCUGUGGAGCGAGUGGAGUGUGCCCAUCUUCUGGGGCAGCAACUCCACCAGCAGGGGUAGGAGUGGUCCUGAGCCCCUAGGGUCCCCACGGUGUCCCCGCAGUGUCCCUGCAGCAUACCCCCGGCUCGUUGCAGGUGUGGCGGAGGAGCAGCUGCAGUGGUUCUGGAUCCACACGGUGCUGAUCCCCAUCACCUCCUGCCUGCUGCUGCUGGUCCUGGUGGUGCUGCUGGUGCGCAUGGAAAGGGUGAGGGUCAUCAUCAUGCCCCGAAUCCCCAACCCCAGCAAGAACUUCGACGAUCUCUUCAUCACCCACAAUGGUGACUUCCAGGAAUGGGUCGGAGUCCCCAAAGAUGUGGUGGAGAGUUUCAAGCCCAAUUACAGUGAGAGCAUCUGCCACGUGAGCGAGCUGCCCUCCAAGGAGGGCUACGAGCCCCUCCAGGACAAUAGCACCCACCCACCAGGGGUGGCCGGCCCCCAGGAGCAUGGCCCCUACAAGAACAGCUACGUGGGAGCGUGAUGCUGGCACUGCUCCCCGAAAACACACUGCUCCCUGCUCCCACCCUGCCCCUGCCAACUGCCCUGGGUCCCCCAGCCCUGCUCCUCGCCAUGGCAUCGCGCUCACAGCACGGUGGCAAUGGAUGGGAAGGGCAGCGGGUGGUGGUGGAGCAGGCGAGAGCCACCAGCCAGAGGUAAAGAGAACCAAAAGACAUGCACAGCACCGAGAGCCACCCCGAGAGGACAAGCUACAUUGUCGCCCCAGCUGCCAUUGCACACUGGGCAUGCACAAGUCUGGGCAUGUAUGAGCCUGGCCACUUGCUUGCUUGCACUACGGGUUUCCAGAUGCAACUUGCAGCUUCCAGCUGCAAUAAAGCUUUGCUGCGCUUUGG